CCACAAGCAUUGUGAUGGCGUCAAAGUGCUCGGCUGCCAUCUUGCUCUGGUGCGCCUUUACUGCGGGUCGUGGGACGGCCCGAAACCCAUCAAGCUGCGGCGGUCUCACUGUACCACCCGAGAAGCUUGUCGACCUGUCAUACAGUUUUAACAACCGAACAAUCUUCUGGGCCGACGACGCCGAAUUUCGUCUCAACGUCUCACGUCGCGGAAGCACGCCUGAAGAUUGGUACCAGGCUGAUGUCGUUGAGCUGGCUACUCACGGUGGCACCCAUCUGGAUGCGCCUAUUCAUUUCGCUCCCGAGAGGUGGACUGUGAGCCAGAUACCACUGGAACGCCUCAUGUUCUUGCCCAUCGCACUCGUGGACGUUGAGGCACAGUCGAGCGAGAAUCCCGCGUACGAGUUGUCCGUCGAGGACAUUGAGCGCUGGGAGGCGGAGCAUGGGCACGUUCCUCACGGCUCCCUUUUUGUGGAGAGGACUGGACGUUAUAAGCUCUGGCCGAACCGCAAUGCUUACUUGGGCAUUGACGACCAGGGAUGGAGGCGUUUCCCGACAGUUUCACCGGAGGCAGCGCGGUUCCUGGUCGAGCAGCGGCACAUCUACGGCUUCGGACUGGACUCGCCUUCCGUGGACCUGUUCAAUGCCUCCGCAACCCACAGGAUUCUCUCCUCCCACAACGUGUACGUGCUCGAAAACCUGGCCGACCUGUCGCGCGUCCCGGCACUCGGUGCCACAGCCAUCGCGCUGCCCGUCAAAGUCUGCAUGGCCAGCGGUUCCCCUGUGCGUGUGGUGGCCAUCCUGCCGUGAACCAUUCCGCACACUCGCUCCACGUGAGGCUCCCUCGAAAACCGAAGAACCUCCCGUGAGAGAAUUUCAUUGUGGCAGUUAAUAAGAGUAACUACGGAAUGCACAAAUACUAC